AUGCAGAUUAAAUCGAUUCUGACGUCUGCACUCGUGGCCCUUUCAUUGGGUGCGGACACUGUUGCUGCAUCAAAGGCAGCCAAACAUGGCCGUUUCUCGCAGCUGUCUCGUCUUCCGAUGGAGAAGGCAAAGAGAGCUAUCGAGACAACUCGAGACUAUGUGAGCAAAAAGGCGACAAAUUAUCGCUUCUUGAGCAACAAGUCGAAGCCCUACAAGGUGGACUCUCUGCCAGAUGUGAAUUUUGACAUUGGCGAGAUGUACUCUGGUCUCGUGCCAAUCGAGAAGGAUGACACUUCCCGUCAACUCUUCUUCGUUUUCCAACCUACCAUCGGUGCACCUGUCGAUGAGAUCACAAUUUGGCUGAAUGGUGGUCCUGGCUGCAGUUCCAUGGAGGGAUUUCUCCAAGAAAAUGGAAGAUUCAUCUGGCAGCCUGGUACUUAUCUCCCUGUUGAGAACGAGUACAGUUGGGUCAACCUGACCAACGUUCUUUGGGUCGACCAGCCCGUUGGCACCGGAUUCUCCAUUGGUACACCAACGGCAACAUCGGAGGAGGAUAUCGCCCAGGACUUUGUCAAGUUCUUCAAGAACUGGCAAGAGAUCUUUGGAAUUAAGAACUUCAAGAUCUAUGUCACUGGUGAGAGUUAUGCUGGAAGAUAUGUGCCAUAUAUCUCCGCAGCUAUCCUGGACGAGCAGGACAAGGAGUACUACGAUCUCCACGGUGCUUUGGCAUACGAUCCCUGCAUUGGUCAGUUUGACUACGUUCAGCAGGAAGCUCCCGCUGUGCCCCUCGUGCAAUCAAACGCCAAUCUCUUCAACUUCAACGAAACCUUCAUGGCCGAGCUUGCGAGCCUACACAAGUCCUGCGGAUACGAAGACUUCAUCGAGACCUACCUGCAGUUCCCUCCUCCUGGAAACCAGCCAACAAAGUCUCUCAACUACAGCUCGAUCGGCGAUUGCGAUGUCUUCGAUUUGAUCUACGAGGAGGCAUUCAACGCCAACCCCUGUUUCGAUUUAUACGAGAUUCCAACAAUGUGUCCCUUGCUUUGGGAUGUGCUGGCUUUCCCCGGUUCCCUCGAGUACUCCCCCGUCGGCGCGACCGUUUACUUUGACCGCGCAGAUGUCAAGCACGCACUGCACGCUCCCAACAUUACCUGGAGCGAAUGUUCUGAGGAGAGUGUCUUCGUCGGCGAGGGCGGUCCCGAGCAAGAGGGAGACACUUCCGCGAACCCUAUUGAGAAGGUUCUGCCUCAGGUUAUUGAGGCCACUAACCGUGUCCUCAUCGGUAAUGGUGACUAUGAUAUGGUCAUUAUCACCAACGGUACUCUUCUCUCCAUCCAGAACAUGACCUGGAACGGCAAGCUCGGAUUCCAGUCCAAGCCUGAGACGCCUAUCGAUAUCCAACUUGUUGAUCUACAGUACGCGGACGCGUUUGCCGAGAACGGUAUGACCGGUCUUGAUGGUGCUCAGGGUAUCAUGGGUAUCCAGCACUAUGAGCGUGGUUUGAUGUGGGUUGAGACUUACCAGUCUGGACACAUGGAGCCCAUGUACCAGCCCAGAUCUUCUUACCGUCACCUUUCCUGGCUUCUUAAUCGCACCCAGGAAAUUUGA